GACAACUUGGAGAUAAGAGCCGAGGAGAGCGAGACAGAGGUAAAACACAGCAUUUAUAUUAAUGUUUAAAAUAUCUUUUUGGACUGUGAAUAAAAGUUGUUUAGCUCUUCACUUACUAAAAUAUUAAAAUAAUAAAAAAAUCAACAUUUCAACAUUACUGGAUUUGCUGAUAAGAUGAAGUUGGAAAAUCCUUUUGUUUUAAUAACACCUGGUGCGUUUUGUAAAUGAUUCUUGGGGCCAAAGCCGCAGUCGCUGUAAAGAUUAUUGCAGAAAAGGUCACUUGCAGUAAAAGUAAGUAGUAGUAAAAGUCACUAAUGCUGUGGUUAUGCUUGUCUUUUCAAUGUGACUUUUAUGAUUAGAUGUGCCAUAUUGUAACACAGAAGUGUGCAUAUAUAUGUGUCCCCACUUGACACUACAAUGUGACAUUCUUGUCGGUUGUGAUUGGAUAUAUUUCCACGCAGACAGGCUUUUAUUGCCUUUAAUGACAGGACAGUGUGAGCUUGAAAGGGGGAGAGAGUCUGUUAAUACCACAGGGAAGAAUAGCUACAGAAACAGCCAUAGUGAGAUGUUGGAUUAGGUAAACUUCUGUUACUUGCUGUGCUGUGCUAUGGACAAAAACUCACAGCAAAAUAACGGGGAACUUUUUUUCAGCCCACUGCUUUUCAAUGUCAUUGACUGAAAACAACCUGUCAUUAGUUAAAGAGAUAUCUUCGUUCAGUCCAAGCAAGAUCUGAUCAAGACCUGACAGUCAAUGCAUUCUGGCAUGACAGGAUGACAGAAGUGAAAAACAAGAGUAGCUACAGCCCAAGUGCUUUACCAUAAAAAAUGUCAGGGUAGUCCCAUUCUUGGAUCAAGAGUGUCAUCUCUCAACUCCAGAAUAACUGAACCUGCAACAUCCUGUAUUAAGAUAUGUGAUGUCAGCUGUGGAGCGUCCCUCGUUCAGUUCCUCUAUGUUCACUGACUUUUCAGUGUAGUUUGUCCUUUGGAGGGAGAGACUGAUAUCAAAGCAGGAUGUUCGUUCUCGUCUUUGUGACCCUGCUCUUCUUUGUGAGAGGCAGAAAUGCUGACACAGGUGCAUCAAUGGAGAGAAGAACUUACUGUCAAGGUUUUUUCUGUAUCACUCUCAGUGAUGGAGAAAUAUCAGCAGAGGCUGGACUCUGUGUAGUAAUACCGUGUUUUUUCACCACUAGAUCUGACUUUACACCCCGACAUAUAGUUUGGUACAAAUGUGAACGGUAUAAACAAAGAUGUGGUGAUUCGAACAUUAUAUUCCACACUAACACAUACAACAAUAAAGUUCAGUCUGAGUUCAAAGGACGAGUGUCGCUGUUGGAGCCUGAUGUGACUCAGCAGGACUGCAGCAUCAUCAUCAAUGACCUUACUGAGUCAGAUUCUGGAUCAUAUCAACUCAGAGUUAAUGGUGUCCUGUCGGGGUGGGAAAGUGGAUUUACAUAUUCUCAAAAAGCAACCGUCUCUGUUAAAGGUCUGACCCAGAAACCCACAGUGAUGAUUCGUCCCCUGAGAGAGGGCCAACAGGCCACACUGACCUGCACCGCUCCUGGUCUCUGUUCUGGAUCAGAUCCUGAUAUCAUCUGGACAUGGACAGGGGCGAGGAAGGAGGACUCUCACAUCACAGGAAACAUCACUGCUUUCAAGACUGAGGCUGUGACUGCUGUCACACAGAGACACAGCUCAACAUUGACCUUUAACUCUUCAGCUGAACACCACAGCACCAAUGUCACCUGUAAGGUCAGCCUUGCAAACAACAUCAUUACAGAGAAGACAGUGACUCUGAAUGUGACCUAUGUGAAGGAUGUUAAAAUUACCAGUAAUACAAGUGUGAAUGAGGGGGAGACUCUGAAUCUGACCUGCAGUGUUGAAAGUUUCCCUCCAGCUCAUAUCACGUGGACUAAAUUUUAUAGAGAGAACACGCAAAAUGAAAAUGAAACUGAAACAAUUCUGCUGAACAACACUUUAACUGACGUGAAGAACAACAGUGAAACUUUCCUGCAGGAAGGAAGUGGAAUGGCCACUUUUUCCAUCCUCAAUGUGACAGCAGAAGACGCUGGACUGUACAUUUGUACAGUAAAAUAUCUUAACAACACUCGGACAGAAGAAGUUCAUGUAGCAGUGAUAUAUAUGAAGACACCUGUAAUAACUGGGAAUGAAACUGUUGAGAAGGGAGAUGUUUUGACACUGACCUGCAGUGUUGAGAGUUUUCCUCCGUCUCAUGUCACAUGGACCGCACUUGGUUCCAACACAAAUCUGAACAGUGGACAUGAUAAUGACCUGCAGAAGGACACCAGAUCAGCCACCCUUGUCAUUCCCAAUGUGACAGCAGAACAUUCUGGACAGUACAUUUGUACAGUACAGCAUCUGGACAGGAAUGUGACUGCAUUUGCCGAUGUAACGGUGACUUGGUUUUCAAAGAUCUUAAAAUCUGGAUGUGUGGCUCGGUUGGAGGUUCUGACUUGUGUGUGUGUCAGUGAGGGGUUUCCUUUACCCACCAUCAGAUGGCCACUGUUGAAAAAGCACAAUGAGUACUCAGUCCUUACUACUGUGUCUAACCACACCGUCAACAGCACCGCCACCCUAACUGUAAAAGACCACGGCAACAGUUCUGUUGAGUGUCUCAGCAGCAAUAAAAUUGGGAAAGCAAAAGAAAACCUAAUUAUUCAAGAAGACAUUCCAGAUCAAGAGGGUCAGACAAGUGAAGCAAUUAAAAUAGUUUCACGGCUGGAAGUCAUCAUUGCCUUUCUAAUUGGGGUAGUUCUUUCAGCAGUCCUUUGCUGUUUGGCAAAGAAAUGUCACAGAAAAACCCAGAAGAGCUCUGAAAAUCUGGAUGACACUGUGGAGAUGGUGACCAGUCAAGAGGAUCCACUGAUAGAUGCUGGCCAUGCAGUGGAAGAUAAUCAGACCUAUUACCAAGAGGCAGCUGAAGGAGGAGCUGUGGCGGCAGAGAAAUCAGUCCCCGAUCAUGAUGUCAGACCAAAAGAUGUGGAGUAUGCAAGCAUUGAUUUUUCAAAAUUGAGAGGAAAGGGUCCCAGAGAUGCAGUAAAGAAGCAGGAGACCUCCGAGACGGAGUACGCUGAAAUCAAGAAAGUAGUAAAAGCGGUAAGAGAAGAGAAUGACAGAGAGGGAGGUGAAGUGUUGGAGGGUAAAGAGGAGGAGGUGAUAAUGGAGGAGGAUGAGGAGACCAUUCAGUGUGUGCCUGAAGAAGAAGAAGGGGAGGAAAUGGCAGUGUACUCCAACGUGAAGGAUAUAAUGGAUGAGAUUUAAGGACUGUUGCAUUGUGGAGUUGCUUGAGGAUAAAGUUUCUUUCCUCUUUAUCAGAUGUAUGGAUUGAUGUAAUGGACUGGAUGGGUUGUUGUCACAGGGAAUGAAUGGCACUCCUGUGAACAUUUUCUAACACUCAGUUGUGAUCCUCAGAUGCCAAAUUCAACCUGUGGUAAACUGAAGUGGCGGAGAUGCUUCACACUUAUGUUAGGGGCUUUGCAAAUCCAUUCAUUCAGCUAAGAGUGGACUGAAAGUUGGACAGAAUUUCCUUAUUCAACUCACCAGACAAGAUUACCUACAUCUAUGAAAAAGUUAACACUGCUGUUAUUGCAGUGGCGUGUAAAAGGUAAACCAUCUUCUUCCUCUCUGCUCUGAGAGCCAAAAUGUUCUCUUUUUUUGGUACCUUUUAUAUAACUUAAAAAGAAUUAUGUGUUAGCCUGAAGCGCUCUGCCUUGGGAACAAAAUAGAAUAAAAAAAGUAGUUUAACAGCUGUUAACAUGGCUAUAGUCUCUUAGUCUUGUUUGAUUUUCAGUUGGUGUCUGCAGCAAAGAAACCUAAAUACAGUCAUUGUAUAACAUUGACAUGGACAGAUGUAUUUUAAAAGAAAUAGAUCCACUCCUGUAGGCUAUUUCAGUUUCGGAAAUGGAGGGCAAAAUGUACACCCUAAAAUGUAUUGCAAAAAUCAGCCAAAGCUACCAUCAGGCUUCAGUUAGACAAAUUAUGUGGGUAUCUUCAAAAGUUACCAUUUCUGUGGUACUGUUAUAAUUUUUCUUUGGUCAUUUUAUGUGGCCUUAUAAAAAAACAAGUGAUAUAACAGGCAAGGUUGGUCUCUAUAUUAAUUUCCUUGUUUUAGAGGUCAUACAUUACUUCCCCUUUUAAUUUGUUACAGGAACCAACUUGACUUGAGGAUAGUUUGUAGAUAGGAUGAAGAUGACAAUUAUAUUUAAGGACACAUGGUAUGUCCUCUUUCUCAAGGUUUCUCACAGUAAGCAAGAUAUUCUUAAAAUGUUAAGAUAUAUUUCAUUUCAUGAAUCAGUAUUAAAGUUUCAAGUUAAAAGUUUAUGUAAUACAUAACGUAGAUGUUUUAGAGAUUUUGCUGUAAGUGUGGUGGUCUUUAGAGAGAGAGAGAGCUCUAUGUAGAACUAACUAACUUAUUGAGCACAGAGAGAAAUACAAAAGGUGGAAGAAACAUCAGAUCAGAACAGAGGUCACUGUGGGAGAAGACAAAAAGAGGUAAAAAAGACAGCUUUGACCUCAUUUAAGAAAUAUAUUUUAAGUUUUUAAAUUGAAACAUUUGACGUCAAGGCUUUUGCACACCGUCUGUUUUUUGUUUGUGUUUGAAAUUGUUCUAUGUAAAUAAAUAUGACCU